AUGAAAACAUUUUGGGAAAAAUUACUGCGUUUGUUCUACGGCAAGACUAAGAUAAUUACUUUUUAUAAAGAUAAUUGAUAUUUAAAAACUUGGUUGAUUUGUAACAAAUAUGGCUCACACUACGGCAAAAGUGUUAAAUCGAAUUUGUCUGUUAAAACCAUUAGGAGCGGAUCAUCAAAUAAUCCAUCUCGUCUCAGGCGAAAAUGUGCUAGGUCGCAGUAGGGAAACCGGUGUACGUGAUACUAAAUGUUCUAAAAAACAAUUGAAAUUAGAUGUAGAUAUGAUUGAAGCUCGCAUAAAAUUAAAAAUUUUGGGUGUCAACCCAAGCGGGGUGAACGGGUUCAUGGCCACAAAAAAUACCGAAUGUGUUUUGGAGAAUGGAGAUGUAUUAGAUAUGGUUUAUGGAAGGCACUCGUUUAAAAUAAUGUUUAAACCACCACCUGAAGUAAAACGAAAAUUCGUCGCAGACGAUUCUUGGAUUUCCUUAGACGACGGUCAACUAUUAGUAUUUACUAGUAAAGGUGUGGAAGCUUCGACGAAAAUAGCCGCUUAUGACGUCGACGGAACAAUCAUUAAAACCAAAUCCGGUUUAGUAUUUCCAAAAUCAUCUGACGACUGGAUGCUUAACUAUGACGACGAACCCAAGAAAUUAAAACAGUUUUUUAAUAAUGGCUUCAAAAUAUGCUUUUUCACUAAUCAAGGCGGUAUAGCGAAAGGAAAAGUAAACAUAAGUGAAUUUAAGGCAAAAAUGCAAUCAAUUGUUCAUAAAUUGGAUGUACCCGUCCAAAUAUUCGUAGCUACUGGCGAAGGUUAUUAUAGGAAACCAUUGCCUGGGAUGUGGGAAUAUCUACAAAAGGAAGCGAACGAAGGUGUGGGCAUUGAUAAAGCUCAAAGUUUUUUUGUAGGAGAUGCAGCCGGGCGACCUGAAGUUGCCAAAGGUGUACAUAAAAGGCGCAAAGAUCAUUCAUUGGCUGAUCGUUUGUUUGCUAAAAAUGUAAAUAUAACUUUUUAUACGCCUGAAGAACAUUUCUUGGGAAGCAAACAAGAGCAUUGGCUUAGACCUGAAUUCGAGCCUACGAAGUAUGAUGAAAAUUGUUCCCUUUUCAGUCCCCCAAAUACAAAAUUACCUAUAACCCCUUGCGAAAUGAUCAUAAUGUUUGGUUUGCCGGGUUCAGGGAAAUCAUACUUUUGUGAAAACCAUUUGAUACCUAUGGGUUACAUCAUAGCGAACGCAGACACCUUAAGAGGCACAAAAGCUUGUUUUGAAGCCUGUGAACGUGCUCUCCGCAACGCAAAAUCUUGUGUUGUGGACAACACUAAUAUUGAUGCUGAGUCGCGAAAGAAAUUUAUUGAACUGGCCAAAAAUUAUAACACUCCAUGCCGUUGUUUUAUGAUGAGUACGUCCAUAGCACAUAUUAAACACAACUUAGCAUACCGUCACCUAACCGAUAAAAAACACUCUAAAAUAAACGAUAUGAUAUUCAAUACAAUGAAAAAAAAGUGUACGGUACCUAGUAAGACGGAAGGCUUCGUCGAAAUUGUUACGGUAAACUUAAAACUUAAAUUCGAUAGUGACUACAAUGAAUCGCUGUAUAAAUUGUAUUUGUUGGAGAAGUAAUAAAAACCGAAAGAACGUAUACAUGGAAUUAUAUGAAGUUCAA